AGUGGGACCCCGUCCCCGUGAGAUUAUCGCCAUCCUACCGCGGAAGGUUGGCACGGAGCGGGAGCCAGGGAGGAGCCCGAACUACCCUCCUUCAGAACAUGGUUGCCUUAGCCUCUGGCUCGUCCGUCACUUUGACUGUCUUUGACCAUCUUCCCGUCAACAUCCCAUUCCCAUUCCCAAGAAUCCAUAAUUUCCUUCAUUUCUCUUCACCAUAUCCCAAAGCCAAAACUCCCACCUCUCUCCUCUCCCACGCCCGCACAAAUUUCGUCACACACUCUCCUUCUACUUCAACGACCUCACCUCUCGGGCCUCACCGGCGUCGUCUGACGUCAGCUCCACCGUCGGCAGCCAUGUUCUCCCAAAACGCCGUCGUGUCCGACAUCUUCGCCGCCGCCUUCACUGCUUGCGUCGCUCUCUCCCUUCUUCGAGUGUGGGGAGAGACCGCCAAACGCGGCCUCUUCGACCAGAAACUAAACAGGAAGCUUGUGCAUAUAAGCGUUGGCCUAGUUUUCAUGCUUUGCUGGCCGCUAUUCAGUCCUGGAUCUCGGGGAGCAUUUUUAGCGGCGUCUGUUCCAGGAGUCAAUAUCAUACGGAUGCUUCUCUUGGGACUUGGAAUAUGGAAAGAUGAGGCUACUGUGAAAUCGAUGAGCAGAUUUGGGGACUACAGGGAGCUUCUCAAGGGGCCAUUAUACUAUGCUACAACGAUUACACUCGCCUGUAUAAUCUAUUGGCGAACUUCCCUGAUCUCUAUUGCGGCAAUAUGCAACCUAUGUGCUGGCGAUGGUUCAGCGGACAUUAUAGGAAGGCGAUUUGGUAACAGAAAACUUCCAUACAACAGAAGCAAAUCUAUAGCCGGUAGUAUUGCAAUGGCAUCUGGUGGUUUCUUGGCAUCCGUCGGGUAUAUGUACUAUUUCUCCUCAUUUGGAUUUGUGGAAGUAAGUUGGGAAAAGGUGCUUGGAUUUUUCAUUGUUUCUCUUGCCACAACGCUGGUGGAAUCGCUCCCAAUAAGCACUGAACUCGAUGACAACCUCACAGUUCCGGUGUCAUCUAUCCUGGUGGGAAGUCUUGUUUUCUGAUAUCAGGAAUCCUUGUAAACUGUGCUGAUGGGCAAUGCAAGAAUUACGAAGAUGGGUUGGGACCAAUCUUUUGGCGUGGAUGUAUCUUAUCUAAAUUCCCAAACUACUUGUUUGUUCGACUCUUUCUACCAGUAGUUACUCCUCUGUUGUUCCUUGUAAAAGAAAAGCAAAAAUAUAUAUAUAUAUAUAUAUAUAUAUUGC